AGCUGAUUAGAAGUUUGACUUUUUCGCGAUAUGAUAUUGAUAGGCAGCAGCAAUACGCCGUCUCGAGUAAGUUUUCGACUUAAUUUUGAGUUCUAAAUUCUAAUAUAUUUUCGGUCGUCCUACACCGUCGUUCCGUUUUCACUCGUUCCCGAUCCUCAAGAAAAUACCAAUAUGGGUGGAGAACUUGGAAAUCUUAAAACUGAUAUUCGUGGAGUUAUAACUACCAAAUUGUCUCCAUUUGAGCAAAAAGCAUUUAAAGGACUUAUUUCUCAUGGAGUUCCCAAUUCCAUUAAAAGGACAGCCUCUAAUUUACCAUUCAUAGUUCCACCAAUGAUUGUUGGUUAUCUCGUCUACGAUUGGGCUGUUCACGCUCAUCAUGAAAGUUUGAGGAAGAAUCCUGCUGACUUUGCCAAUGACAAAUAACUUAUUUUUAAUUCUACUGUAAAAGUUAAUCAUCUUAAACUAUUGUAGAAAAGAAAUUUAUUUGUCAAUCAUGAUUAUUUGUAAAGCAACAGUAAAAAUUAUUAAAAUGUUUUAAUUUGUUAAUUAGCUAAAAUAAAUUUAAUUUAAUCAUUAAAUUAAUAAAAAAAAGUA